AUGGUGGGGCGGAAGGUGACCCUCUGCAGCUGGCUGGGCUUGGCGGCUCUCCUGGCGCUUUUCCUCCUGGGGGUCCUGGUGGGCUGGUGUGGGAAAUCAAUUGAUAGAUUGACUGGCCAAGCAUAUAUCUUUCAAAAUGCAAGAAGGAAACUUCUCUCAGAGAUCAAAGCAGAAAGGAUCAAGGAAUUCCUGCACUCCUUCACCAGGCUCCCACACGUGGCGGGAACAGAGCAGAAUCUUCAUCUGGCGCGACGAAUACAAACGCAGUGGAAGGAAUUUGGCUUGGAUACGGCCGAGCUGGUUUCUUACGACGUCCUGCUUUCCUACCCAAACCAAAGUGCUCCCAACUAUGUUGCAAUUACGGAUGAACAUGGAAAUGAAAUUUUUAACACAUCACUCUUUGAGGUCCCUCCUCCAGGCUAUGAAAAUGUCUCAGAGGUACUGCCACCGUACAAUGCUUUUUCGGCACAAGGCGUGCCAACGGCAGAUCUGGUGUACAUAAAUUACGGUCGCGCCGAAGACUUUUUCAAACUAGAGCGGGAAAUGGGAAUCAACUGUACAGGAAAAAUUGUCAUUGCCCGAUACGGAAAAAUAUUCAGAGGAAAUAAAGUUAAAAAUGCCAUCUUAGCUGGAGCUAAAGGGAUGAUCCUUUACUCAGACCCUGUGGAUUACUGUGCACCUGGAGUCAGUCCCUACCCGGAUGGGUGGAACCUUCCUGGGGGAGCGGUUCAGCGCGGGAAUGUGUUGAACCUAAAUGGGGCAGGAGACCCCCUGACACCGGGGUACCCAGCAAAAGAAUACACCUUUAGGUACGACACUGAUGAAGGAGUGGGAAUUCCCAAAAUCCCAGUUCAUCCAAUUGGUUAUCAUGAUGCUGAAAUGUUAUUACGGUCCAUGGGAGGUGCUGCAGCACCAGACGAGACGUGGAAGGGAAAGCUGAACGUGUCAUAUAAUGUGGGGCCCGGGUUUUCAGACCCCCAUGCCAUGAGGAAGAUCAGAAUGCACGUUCACACCCUCAAUCAAAUCACAAGAAUAUACAAUGUCAUUGGAACCAUCAAAGGAUCUGUGGAACCUGAUCGGUAUGUCAUUUUUGGAGGCCACAGAGACUCCUGGGUGUUUGGGGGCAUCGACCCAACCACGGGCGCAGCCGUUCUUCAGGCAGUUGCUCAGAGUUUUGGCAACAUGGUGAUGAAGGGUUGGAGGCCUAGAAGAACCAUCAUUUUUGCCAGCUGGGAUGCAGAAGAAUUUGGUUUAUUAGGCUCCACAGAAUGGGCAGAGGAAAAUGCCAAAAUUCUGCAGGCCCGGGCCGUGGCUUACAUCAACACGGAUUCUUCCAUAGAAGGCAACUACACAUUAAGAGUAGACUGCACGCCACUCCUCAAUCAACUGGUGUACAAUCUGACUAAAGAGAUCCCAAGCCCUGAUGAAGGGUAUGAAAGCAAAUCUCUGUAUGACAGCUGGCUUGAAAAAGACCCCUCCCCAGAAAGUAAGAACCUACCCAGGAUAAACAAACUUGGAUCCGGUAGCGAUUUCGAGGCGUUUUUCCAGCGGCUGGGGAUUGUAUCAGGCAGAGCACGUUACACUAAGAAUAGGAAAGUGGACAAAUUCAGUAACUACCCUCUUUACCACACCAGCUAUGAGACCUUUGAGCUGGUCGAGCGGUUUUAUGACCCCGCUUUCAGGAAGCAGCUUGUUGUUGCUCAGCUGCGGGCAGGCCUCGUGUAUGAGCUGGCCGAUGCCCUGCUCCUUCCUCUGCAUUGCCAGGAUUAUGCAGAAGCUUUGGAGACCUAUGCCAAUGGAGUCCAUGAUCUGGCCAAGAAACACAAAAAGCAACUUGAGCUGUAUGGAGUGUCCUUUGAUCCGCUCUUUUCAGCUGUGGCUAAUUUCACAGAUGCAGCAGCUGAUUUCCAGCACAGACUGUUGCAGCUCGAUAAGAAUGAUCCCACUGCUGUACGGAUCAUGAAUGAUCAGCUGAUGCUACUAGAAAGAGCUUUCAUUGAUCCUCUUGGGUUGCCCGGUAGGCGGUUUUACAGACACGUCAUCUUUGCUCCAAGCAGUCGCAACAAGUAUGCAGGCGUGUCCUUCCCUGGGAUCUACGAUGCCUUGUUCAAUAUCGAAAGCAGAACAGACCCACCCAAAGCUUGGGCAGAGGUGAAGAGACAGAUCUCCAUUGCAGCCUUCACAGUGCAGGCUGCUGCAGGGAUGCUACAAGCUGUGAUGUAGGACUGGAACCGUGCGCAUUCCAUGCCUGUGUAGAAGUUUCCCCUCCACACGGAUGAAGCUUUCAACAGCAGCUCCAAGGUG